AGGGACGCUUAAAACCCGUCUAAAUCCGCCUGUCUGAGAGGACGACGACACAGAAACGCUGCUACGGAGACGGAAAAGAUAAAAAGGGAACUCCACAUAAUAACUUCGACCUUUUCUGACAAAGACAACCGCUUUUCCUGUCCUCUCGCGAGAAACCCAUCGAUUUUCAGCAGCAAUGGCUCAAGAGACGAACCAGAGCCCAGUCCCCAUGCUUUGUGCCACAGGCUGUGGUUUCUAUGGCAACCCAAGAACCAAUGGCAUGUGCUCUGUAUGCUACAAGGAACACCUGACGCGACAGCAGAGCAGCGAUCGCAUGAGCCCCAUGAGCCCAAUGGGCUCCACUGCUAGUCCUACCUCAGAGGCCUCAGCCAUCCAGAGACUAGAAGCCAGUCUAGCUAAGGUUGACGCCUCCCCUGCCUCCUCACCAGACAUGUCUAGCAGGACUGUUCAAGGAUCUCUUCCUGUAACCCAACAGAUGACAGAGAUGAGCAUCUCCAGAGAGGAGAAGCCUGAACUCCUAGAGCCUGUUGUAAGCCAGCCUGCUGCUUCUAGUCCUUCUCCUGUAGCUUCUCCCAGCACUGAAGAAGGCAAGGGCGAAACCCCCAAACCUAAGAAAAACCGAUGCUUCAUGUGCCGCAAAAGGGUGGGCCUUACAGGGUUUGACUGUCGCUGUGGUAACCUGUUCUGUGGCAUCCAUCGAUACUCCGACAAGCACAACUGUCCCUACGAUUACAAGGCCGAGGCUGCCGCCAAGAUCCGCAAAGAGAAUCCCGUGGUUGUGGCUGACAAGAUCCAGAGAAUAUAAAUGGAGGGGAGGGGAAACGGUGUUGGAAAUGAGGAAACACCUUGCGAAAGACUGGAGAAUGAGUGAAAACCUUUGACAUGAGUGCAAGUGGCUAAAUCAAAAGGACUUGAUUCGCAAAAAUGAAAAAAAAAAAA